GUCAUCAUUAACCGCACGCGCCAGGCAUGACUCGGCAAAAUCCAGCUGGGCCGCGCAGCGCGUGACUCAGCGGGAGGGCUGGAUAAAAGGCCCGGCGCGGCGAGGCUGGUUGGGGCUACGCUAUAGAGCGGGGAACGUGCGGUGACUGCUGUAGUAGCCAAGGAGCUUGAAGGAUCUGCUGGUCUAUUAUGGAGUUUCCAGACUUGGGCAAGCAUUGUUCAGAAAAAACUUGCAAACAGCUGGAUUUCCUUCCUUUAAAAUGUGAUGCAUGUAAGGAAGUUUUCUGUAAAGAUCACAUCACGUAUGACCAACACAAAUGUACCUCUUCAUAUAAGAAGGAUGUGCAGGUUCCAGUAUGUCCUUUAUGUAACACUCCCAUCCCAGUGAGAAGAGGAGAGAUGCCAGACAUUGUAGUUGGAGCACACAUGGACAGGGACUGCAAAUAUGAUCCUACUCAGCAGAAACAGAGGAUUUUCACAAACAAGUGCUUAAAAGAAGGCUGCAAAAGGAAAGAGAUGAUGAAGCUUGUUUGUAACCAAUGCUGUGGAAACUUCUGUAUAAAACAUCGGCAUCCUCUGGAUCAUGACUGCAAAGGAGCAGGUCGCUCCAUCUCCAAAGCUGGGCACAGCUACCUUCCUUGCGCCAUGCAAUAAGAUUCUAGAGCAGCUGGGUGACCAGUUCUGCACAAAUCUGGAAGUGGAUGGAUGUGUGAUUGGUGGUGGAAUAAACAGAUGUUCAGCAUGGUUCUAUUUCCUUGUAGAUCUGCAGCUAUAAUGAGAGCAUCUGAAUCCAACUUCAGGCCAGCCGGAUCAAACAAGAGGCCUUCUAACUGGUAUCUUCAGCGCAACAGGUAUAAACUGAAGUGUGGUUAUGAGAUUAGCAAAACAAGAUGACAUAAAUCAGAGCCUUGUGUCUACAGGAUGUAGAACUGCCAUUGGUACACCUUCCUUAACUUUUAUUAUAGUCGACAUGUGAGCAAUGCCAGGUGUGUAAAGGAGGGGCAUAUAACCAUCCAAGACGUGGCUAAUUAACCAAACAAUCUCUGCAUAGUGGAUAAAUGUACAGUCUUCAAAUAGCUACUAAGUCAUUGUAAUAAGUAGCAGACUCCGUCCAGCACUUGACCUGGUCAAGAUAUAAGAACUCAUUAUUGGGUCACUAGUAUCAUUAGUUCAGCCAUCAGACUAUUUCGACACUAACUAGCUAUUCAAACUUUCCUCGUUAGGGUUGAUCGCUGCAGGACUUGAGCCUAAAUCUGUAACUUAUUCUGCUC